CACAAACCAUGAGAUCAUGACCUGAGCCUAAGUCGGACGCUGAACUGACUGAGCCACCCAGGUACCCCAGGUAGCAAGACUUCUGGGCUAACGACACGAUUGGUGCAUGCACGGGACGAUAGGAAAGAUGACUUUCUGUCCCCUCUGAACAGGACAGUGAUACCAGGCUGCUUUAUUUUAAAGAGUACUCCCUUCCCCAGCCUGCCUCAAGGAAGUAGGAGCACGUGCAGUUCAGGAAUCAGUUCUGGAACCCACUCAGGACUUGUGGCUGCCCCUGAGGUGACACCGCCAGAAAGUCAUCCCUGUGUUGCACUAGGCUUAUGUCGGACCUCUUGACUCCUGGGGCUCCUAGGGCCUUAAGCAAAUUUAUAGGAAAAGAAAUCAGUGAGUUUGCAUGACCAACUGCCCAACGCUCAUUGUCAUGGUAGGCCUGCCUGCCAGGGGCAAGACCUACAUCUCCAAGAAGCUGACUCGCUACCUGAACUGGAUUGGCGUGCCAACACGCGAAUUCAACGUUGGCCAGUACCGCCGGGACAUGGUCAAGACAUACAAGUCUUUUGAGUUUUUCCUUCCAGACAACGAAGAGGGCCUGAAAAUCAGGAAGCAGUGUGCCCUGGCGGCCCUCCGUGAUGUCCGGCGGUUCCUUAGUGAGGAGGGGGGACAUGUGGCGGUUUUUGAUGCAACAAAUACCACCCGAGAACGGAGAGCGACCAUCUUUAAUUUUGGGGAACAGAAUGGCUAUAAGACCUUUUUUGUGGAGUCCAUCUGUGUGGAUCCUGAGGUCAUAGCCGCUAACAUCGUGCAAGUGAAACUCGGCAGCCCCGAUUAUGUGAACCAUGAUAGUGAUAAGGCCACGGAAGAUUUCAUGAGGCGCAUUGAAUGCUAUGAGAAUUCAUAUGAGUCAUUGGAUGAGGACCUGGACAGGGAUCUGUCCUACAUCAAGAUCAUGGACGUGGGACAGAGCUACGUGGUGAACCGUGUGGCUGACCACAUCCAGAGCCGUAUUGUAUAUUACCUCAUGAACAUCCAUGUGACCCCCCGCUCCAUCUACCUCUGCCGACAUGGGGAGAGUGAGCUCAACCUCAAGGGUCGGAUUGGCGGGGACCCAGGACUGUCCCCUCGGGGCAGGGAGUUUGCCAAGAGUCUGGCCCAGUUCAUCAGUGAUCAGAACAUCAAGGACUUGAAGGUGUGGACGAGCCAGAUGAAGAGGACAAUCCAGACAGCUGAGGCCCUGGGUGUGCCUUAUGAACAGUGGAAGGUCCUCAACGAGAUUGAUGCGGGCGUCUGUGAGGAAAUGACUUACGAGGAAAUUCAGGAUCAUUAUCCACUGGAGUUUGCCCUGCGGGACCAGGACAAGUACCGGUACCGGUACCCCAAGGGGGAGUCUUACGAGGACCUGGUCCAGCGGCUCGAGCCUGUCAUCAUGGAGCUGGAGAGGCAAGAGAAUGUGCUGGUCAUCUGCCACCAGGCUGUGAUGCGCUGCCUCCUGGCCUACUUCCUGGAUAAGGCCGCAGAACAGCUGCCCUACCUCAAGUGUCCACUGCACACCGUCCUGAAGCUGACCCCUGUGGCUUACGGUUGUAAAGUGGAGUCGAUAUUCCUGAACGUGAUGGCUGUGAAUACGCACCGGGACAGGCCUCAGAAUGUAGAUAUCUCGAGGCCUCCAGAGGAAGCCCUCGUCACGGUCCCUGCUCACCAGUGACCAUGUCUCAUCCACUGCGACCCCCAGGCAGGUACUGAUCUCUGCAAAUGAGAUCAUUACAGGCCCCUGCUCCAUGUGACAGUUUCUAUGCUGGAUCAUCCUCAACGCCACACCUGGUUGGUGGCACCCAGAGCCCCCGCACCAGCCCACCUGCUUCCUUGUUAAUGGCGACAGGGUUAUACGUGGUGCCUGACCUGCUGCUAAGAAUCAUUUGGCCAGACUGCGUCUGCCCUGGGCUGGUGAGAGGUUUCCUAGCAACCCGGUCCUUCUGUUGCAGCUGUGAGGUGUCCUCUCACCGGUCGGUUGGCUUUGUGAAGUGUGAAGCCCUAAACAUGUGAACAGAAAGCACUUGCUGUGACGAUCCCACCACGGCCGAGCUGUCUGAGGUGGACAGGGGGGGGCCCCUGCAGGGGCUCCGCCGUCUCCUCUGUGGCCACUUCCUGAGCCUGAGGCAAGGUCUUCAUGGCAGCCUGAGCUCCACUGCCUUGGGUGAGAAAGAGCCCUUCCCAUCCUGCCCUGCCAGGACCCGUAGAGCCACCAAGGCAGGUACCUCCACUGGCCAGGCCACUUGUAUGAGCAGUGUGCUCACUUCACCACGACAUGAUGUACAGAACACGCAGGGAACACAGCCUUUGUGGUCACCGCUUCUCAAUUGUGCACACACUGGAACAUUGGCGAGAGCUGAUGGCCAAGGCCACCCCUGCCCACCUGCUGCACAGUGAAAGCACGUAAAGACAGGGUGGUUGUGUGAGUUCUUCCCAGUGUACACCCAGGUGCUUGAGGGAGGGGCUGCUGUCCCCCUCCCCUCCUGGCCCUGCCUGCUAGGCUACCUCUUGCCUGUUGCCGCCUGUGUCCACACGGGAGUGUACCCCGGUGGCCGAGACAUGCAUUUGCUGUGAACGAUUCAGAGAAAAAAAAGCCUGUCCUGGCAUUCAUUGACCUCUGCCCGUGGGACUGAGCCGGGGAAAGGGCGGACUCCUGAGGCACCCUGUCCAGGGGAGGAUUUGCUCAGCCAUAUCGUAGCUUUUGAUUCACGUGUAUGGGAGCAUGGCAGAAAACGACCUCAGAAGGCUACCAUCUGUCACGCCCCUGAGUUCUUUUGAGCCCAGAGAGGCAGGCUGGGCAGUGGGUUUGGGCUCCAUUUUAUAGCUGAGCAGGAGACCUGUCCAGCAAGUCACAAGGCUGGGUGAGGAGGUGUCUGGACCUGUAGUCGGACGCCCCACCGUCCACAGGACCCAGGAUCCCGAGCCCACCUUGUACCUGGAACCUUCCUUGGCAGAACAACCCACGUUUCCCAGCCUUCCGGGGCUUUGCAGCCUGCAGGUGCCACCUGUCCCUGAGGGAAGUUCAUGUCCCUGCCCCAGCUGGCGGUCUGUCAGCCUUGGGUGCUGCAGUGGCUGUGGACAGACACGGUGGAGGGCUGGGGCAAGAUCUUCUGGACUUACCUCCUGCCAGAGCCCCAAGCCCUAGACUCAGGACCAGGGGACCAUGCCACUGCCUUUGGGACAUGAGGACCACAGCCUUUGUUUCUGUGUCCCCAGAGUCUUGGGUGACUCGGUCACUUGGACACACUCACUUUUUGGCCAUAAUGGGUCUCUUUUGUUGGUGGCACCUACGUCUGGAUGUCCCCACUUCGCCAGGACCUCGAACUGGCUGAGGCAUGACCAGUGAGGCCUUUUCUCUGUGCCCAGAGGGCAGUCAGGAGCUGCCGGGCCCAAAGUGUCACAGGGCCUGGGAUAAGGCAGAAGGAAGCCUGGGGGCAUGGUGUGGGUUGGGGCCUUUCCUCUCUGCCUCUGCCCUGGAGUGGUCUCUGCAUGGUCAGCAACCCACUGGGUUGGCCACUGGUUCUAUCCAUGAUGGUGGAUGUGCUUGUGUUGAAGACACUUUCCCGUUCUUUUCAGAAUGGAGGUUGUUGGAUCUCAGCCACACAUUACACUGUGUCUAGCAUUCUUUGCAAUAAAUACUUUCUCUAAAAAAA